CCUGUUUCUCUUCUUCGCUGCGUUUUCCAGUUAGAUCCUUUAUAUCAUGAGAUCCUCUUUAACAUCACGUCUCAAUCUCAUAAGAAAUCAAUUCAAACCAUCGAUUCCAGCUACUCAUUCAAGAUCGUUUACAGCUUCUUCAAAAAACAACAAUAUGACGAAAUUCGAUAUCAAUUCAAAGCUUCGUAUGAACUCGGGAUAUGAUAUUCCUAUCCUGGGGUAUGGAGUUUACCAAACUCCAGCAUCUCAAUGUGAAGAUCUAGUGACCAAAGCCUUUGAUGCAGGUUAUCGACAUGUCGAUUCAGCUGCGGCAUAUCGAAAUGAAGGCCCUUGCGCCGUUGCCGUUCAUAAAUCCAGCAUUCCACGUGAAGAUAUCUUCUUUACUAGUAAAAUUCCACCUCGUGCCUUGAGCUAUGAGAACACUAAAGCACAAGUUACCAAAACUCUUAUGGAAACUGGGCUUGACUACAUUGAUCUUAUGCUCAUCCAUGCUCCUUAUGGCGGGCGAGAUGCUCGUAAAGGUGCUUGGAAAGCUCUAGUUGAGGCUCAGGAAGCAGGGAAAAUUCGCAGUCUUGGUGUCAGCAAUUAUGGUGUUCAUCAUCUGGACGAAAUGGAAGUUUAUAUAAAAGAACUCGAGGAGGAAAGAGGGAAGGGUAGAGGUGGCGUUAUUGAUGUUGGUCAAUGGGAACUCCAUCCAUGGCUUGCUCGAGCUGAUAUUGUUUCAUGGUGUGAGAAACGAGGCAUUAUUCUAGAAGCAUACUCCCCUCUUGUUCGUGGCGAGAGGCAUGACUCUAAACUGCUUCAACCACUAGCUAAGAAGUACAACAAAACCUCAGCCCAAAUCCUGCUAAGAUGGAGUUUACAAAAGGGCUUUGUACCCUUACCAAAAACUGUUACCCCCAGCAGAAUUAAGGUAAAUGCCGACAUUUAUGAUUUCGAGCUCACGGCAGAGGAGAUGAAUGGGCUUGAAACCGGGGACUAUUAUGUAUGUGCUUGGGAUCCUACUGUCGCUACUCUUGAUCAAUAGAUGCAGCAAUAUAAAAAAUCAUUUGAGAUCUGGUAAUUAAGGAUUAUGCUUUGGAGUUACCCAAUCUUCAACUUGUACAAUCAUACACUAAUAGCUGAGAUUCGUCCAAUGAACACUCCUGUCAUCUACAACAAUGAUCCAUCCGUAUCUGAAAAGUGCAUUGAAAGGAUAUAGCUAUGUGCUUUCAACGUGAUGUAACG